AUGAGCCCCAUUGAAUGGGAGUUGCUCGAAGUCGAGCAUGCACUGGAACGCGUUCAAGAGUUGCGCAAGAGGCUACAAGCGCUCGAAGAGUCGGAAGCCCAUACUCUGCCCGUGUUGACAGCAAACCUCACCUUUGAAAGCAGGGAGGAAUGCGCAGAUUACUUUCAAUCUUGCAUUCACGCGGCCCUGACUCGCGGUCUGAAAUCUGCCAAAUGCCUGGUCAAAAUAGCGGAGUCUCACUGCGAGGGUGCUGUCGCAGCACCAACUUCUGAUCGCGGAGACCUGUCGGAUACGGGCGAAAAUAUCCGAUUCCUUCACAGUGUGUCAGAUGCCUGGAUGGAGAUGGAGUUCAUGAUUAAACACAGAGAGGAGCACCUCCGACAUCCGAAUCAGGAAGUCAACCAGGUGCUCCUUGACGUUUUGCGAGGAGACAUCCUGGAACUUGCCGCGAAGGCCGUAGGGCCUGGACGGAACCUGGUCAACGCUAUUCGACAAUUGCUGUUGGCAGAGAUGGAAGAACCAUAG